UUCAGAUGCACGGACAUACCUCUACUCCACUCGAGGAUGUCGACAGCGAUAAGAUGCCUCUCAACGAUUGCUACAAUGCGUUUCACAUUUCCAAAAGUAAUAGUUCUGGCCGUUGUCGUUCUGGUCGCAUGGUUGUCGUUUGUAACGUGGGGCGGCCUUGAGAAGUUUCAGAGCGUACCAGACCAUGCUCGUUCAAGAACAGAAGACAAGGGGCAAACACCUCAAGUUGAACAUCAACUCCCCUUGAAAUCUGUGAAGGCAGACACGGAAAUUAUAAAUGAUCCAAACUUGAAAGAUUCAAAUCGUCAUGCAUCGGGAAAGUUCUCGAAGUUAUUCCUCAUUGACAAACAACAAAUCUACAGACUUAAUGAAACCAUCAAUGUGAAGAUAGUGUUAAUGGAUCGCAAGGAAAGACCUAAAACCCGAGGAGGAGAUAUGUUGGUUGUUUGGAUGAAAGACACAGUGAAACAAGCUUCUUCCGCCGGAAGUGUUAUUGACCAUGACAACGGGACGUAUACUGGCGUUCUGCGCACCAUGUGGACCGGACAAGCUGUAAUCUAUGCAGCUAUAUUGUCAUCGAGAGAAAGGAUGACUUUUAUAUACAACAAAUUUAGAAGCGGAUAUAUCGGAAAGCAUAUUAGUUGCCUGUUUGAUGUACAUACCUUAACAGAGACAACUGUGGGGUACAUGGAUAAACGGUUUCUUGACAAUAAACCAAUCUGCAAUUUGACUGCUGAAAAUUGGGGUGUUCCGUUCUAUUGUACCAAACCUAAACAACGUGGAUUUGAGUGCCACCAUUGGACUAGAGUUAACACAGUUCAUUUUGUGCCAGUACCAACAGAGGCUGAUACACGCUGGUAUAGGUCGUGUUCUUUUGAGAAAUUGGUGGACUGGGUCCCAAUACGUAUUUCCUCUGUGAAAGCUGCGACAGUGUCUUCCUCAGCUCCAUGUGGAAGGAAGCAAUUCCGUGACACCUGGAUGACUCCAUCACCUGUUGGAUUCUUCUACAACUCCACAUGGCGACAACGGGGAUGUUUUAACUCCAUAACUACGAAUGACUAUAGCCAAUGCCUGGCCAACAGAUCACUCAGGAUGUAUGGUGACUCGACCGUCAGACAAUGGUUUACAGUCCUUUACAAAAGGUUGAAUCUUACCAUGAUAACUGGACCGUGGUUAAUUGGGCCCAUACCAAUAACACAGAAGCGUUACUACUACACUGAGGCCUAUGAGAAACAACAUAACUAUACUGUUGUUUGGAUUUCUCAUGGUCUGCCAAUGUCAUUUCAAAAUGCAAACAGGACUGCGAGUCGACCCGUGUUCGUCUAUUUAGAUGAGACACCUGCAGGUUCACGAGACAUUAUCCUUAUUAAUCUUUACGCUCAUUUUAAUCUAUUUCCGGUACACAUGUUUAGGUCUCAAAUGAAACGUACACGGAUUUCAAUACAAAAAUUAUUGAAAAGAUCACCUGAUAUUAAAAUAGCCAUAAAGGGGCCCCACAAUUAUAUACAUCCCAUAACUAACUAUACUCUAGAUGGGCUAUGGGGACCUAUUUAUGAAAACAUCAUCAAACAGGAAUUUCUUGGUCUCUAUGAUCAGUUGGUUUAUCUCGACAUUUGGGACAUGACUAUUGCUGUUGAAAAUUCUGAUGUUCAUCCCACUGAAGAUGUUGUGAGUACGAUGAUUCACACAUUUCUUGGAUAUUUCUGUGCGAAAUAAAUAUAGUUUAUUUUAGUUUUAGAUGUUGAGAGUAUUUAAUGAACAAACAUCAUUUCUAGAAUGAUGCUAUCCUUCAAUUUCGACUAUAC